CUCCGGGCAACCCGCGGCCCCGCUUCAGCCCGGACCCACCGCCGGGGGCUGGGACGAGCCGGCCGGGGGCAGCCCCCCUCCGGUCAGCCUCCCGCAGCCCCUCAGAGCCCCGCGGCCGCAGCAUGCGGCUGGGGCACCGGCCCCGCUCCGCCUCGCCCCGCCGGGCCCGCCGGCAGGAGGAGAACGGCCCGGGCGUCGCGGCGGUGCCCCGGGGCUGAGGCGCCCUCCCGGCCCCUCCGGCCCUCCCCUCCGGCCCUCCCUCCCAUGUCUCCGCCUCGUCGUCCGCCGCCUCCAGCCGCCCGCCGCUGAGCCGUGAGGGGCGGGGGGCCCUCGGGACCCCGCCGGGGGACAUGGGCAACGGGAUGUGCUCCCGAAAACAGAAGCGGAUCUUCCAGACCCUCCUGCUCUUGACCGUGGCGUUCGGCUUCAUCUACGGGGCCAUGCUGUACUACGAGCUGCAGAGCCAGCUGCGGAAGGCUGAGGCCACGGCGCUCAAGUACCAGCAGCAUCAGGAGUCCCUCUCGGCCCAGCUACAAGUUGUAUAUGAACACAGAUCAAGAUUAGAAAAAUCAUUGCAAAAAGAAAGGCUUGAACAUAAGAAAGCAAAAGAAGAUUUUCUUGUUUAUAAACUAGAAGCACAGGAAACACUAAAUAAAGGAAGGCAAGACUCAAAUAGCCGGUACAGUGCACUGAGUGUACAACACCAGAUGUUGAAGAGUCAACAUGAAGAACUAAAGAAACAGCAUGCUGACCUUGAGGAAGAUCACCGAAAACAAGGAGAAGAGUUUAGCAGAACAUUCAGUGAUCACAAGGAGAGAUAUUUACAACUGCAGCAGGAAAAAGAGCAGGAGAUCUCUAAGCUGAAGGAAUCCCUGUAUAAUUUACGGGAGGAGAACAGACAGUUGAGAAAAGCUCACCAAGACAUUCAUACCCAGUUACAAGAUGUAAAGCAACAGCAUAAGAAUUUACUCUCCCAGCACAACCAGCUUGUAGUGACAUUGGAAGACCACAAGAGUGCACUAGCUGCUGCACAGUCCCAGGUGGAGGAAUACAAACAGCUGAAGGACACACUAAACAAAAUGCCAAGUUUCCGACAGCCUGAGAAGCUGGAACAACCAAACGAGCAACCAGAGGUGCGGGCACCGUCUCCCCUCAGCAGCCUCCCAGUACACCGGGAAGCUGUGGCUGAAGAGCCUAAGGAGAAUGAGAAACCAAAAGAGAGAGAAGAAAUAAAUACCCAGGAAAGAGAAGACAGAGCUGAGCCUUUUCAUCUACAAAGAAGGCCUAAUGAGGGCCAGCAUGCCAAAGAACUCAACAUUCAGGAGCAACAAGAAGCUGGAGAGGAUGAUGAGCAACAUGUUGAUCAAGUUGAAGAGGAACACAAAAAAGAACUUGAGGAGGAAGAAAUGGAGCAGGCAGGUCAGCCUGAGCACUUAGAAGAGGAACAGGAUCAAGUACCAGAAGAACAUGAGUGGAAGAAACAGGAACAGAAGGAAGAAGAAACCAACAUGUUGGGUGAACGUUCUCAGUCAGAGAUAACACCAACAAAAGCUGCAACAAAAAGAUACAAGGCAGCCUAUGAGCAACAGCUGGAGCAGCAGCACCUUGCAGCCCAAAGAGCGGAGGAGGCCGAUCAGCUGAGAGAACAUCAGGAAUCGCUGCACCAGCAACGACUGCGAACACAGCUAUUGCGGCAGCAGCAGCUUCAAGAAAAAGAGCUUCAGCUACAAAAAGAGGCCGAACAAGGGGAAAAACUCUAUAAAAAACAGCUAAGUCAACAGGCUCGUUAUGAUAACAUGGACCAUGACAUUGUACAAGGGGAAGAAGAGCAAGGUAUUCAGGAAGAAGAAGCAGCUUAUGAACGUGACAACCAGCACCAGGAUGAAGGUGAAGAUGAUCAAAAUAAUGCAAAUGAACAGCAAGAACCAGAACAUCAAGUAGAAAAUCAGCAGGUUGAUGAAUCAAAGGCAGCCAUGGAAGAUUUGAACCCUGCUGAUGACCCCAACAACCAGGGAGAAGAUGAAUUUGAGGAGGCUGAGCAAGAGAGAGAAGAAAAUCUACCAGAUGAAAAUGAAAAGCACAAGCAGAACAGCGAGAAACAAGGACAUCCGGGAGUGGAAGAGCAUCUAGUGAUGGCAGGAAAUCCUGACCAGCAGGAAGAUAAUGUGGAUGAACAGUAUCAGGAAGAAGGAGAAGAAGAGAUUCAGGAAGAUUUGACUGAAGAGAAGAAACGAGAACUGGAACGCAAUGCUGAAGAGCCAUAUGGUGAAAAUGAUGAAAAUGCAGAUGAAAAGAAUAAUGGGGGAGCAGAUCAAGAGCAAGAAAUGCCAGAAGAGAACAACCAGAAAGAAGUCCAUGAAGAAAAUUAUGAAGAGGAGGAGGAGGAGGAACGUGGAGCUGCUGCAGCAAAAACACGUAGACGAGGGGAGAUGUAGUCCUCAAUCUUUUGCAGCACAUACAUUCCUGAUUUUAAGAAAAACUUUUUUAGGAUAUUUAAUUCCCCAAAGAAGUUUGUGUUUUACACUUUUUACUUUUCUAUUUAGAUGCUCUCAUAUGUUUAUAUGAAUACAGUAUUUUGAUACUCUAGAUUAGGAUUUCUUUUCUAUUAAAGAUGUACAUAAACAGACAUCAUAUAGGUUUCAUUUUCUAUAAUUCUGGACAUGUUUUAAGAGGCCAUUUUGUAACACAUUUUCACCUUAUCCAAGUCUGACAGAUGUUUGGUCUAAUUUCAGAUGUGUUCAGCGUCUGAGGGAAUGUAUCUAGUGCCUAAACCCAGUCUGCAUUAGUCAAGUUUCAUCUUCCGUGACGCUACUUAGGGGACUAAUGGCUGGCCACACUACUUCUCCAAGGCACAACCUGCAGUGCUCCUAGAGGCCUGCAGGCAGUUUCAUUCAUUGUAAUCUCAUGAGAUUCUUCAAAUCCUUAAAGAAAAGCACAUGCCCAGCUAUUUGCAGGACCAAGCCUCUUACAGAUGCAGGGCGGUUAUAAAAUAUGCAAGUUUUACAAGCCUUCGAAAUACAGCCAGGUGAACAGCUGCUCGUUUUGGCAGCUGUUUAUAUACAGUUAAAUUAUGCAUUUAUUUUAAUGAGCAUACCUAGGUACUUCAAUUACAUGCACUACAUAGCAGAUAACGUAAAUGGUGCUCUGCUGAGAUGUGAGCUAGAAAUCUAUUUAGACUUGACGAUCCGUUUUGCCAAAUCAAAACACUACAGCUGUCACACGAAUGAAAAUCUCCAGAAGGAACAAUUUUGUCAUCCUAGUUAAUAUAUUAUAAAUGUGACUGGACAAAUGGAAUUCCAUCAGCUUAGUGACAUGCUUUCUGGAGACUGUGGAGGUGGUGAAGGCAUUUUAAAUGAAUUGAUGUGAUUGGUGCAAGAUGUUGAACUAAGGCCUUUACCUUCUUUUACUUAUUUAUUUUUAAGUCUAAUCUGGAAAGAUUUCUGUGUCCUCUCGUGUGAAAAUCAGACUAGAGGCAUCCUACAGGAGCUUUUUGAACAGCAAGCAUCUCUAGCACUGCAUGCCUAAAUGUAAGGGAGAGGGGGGUGGGGAAUGACACAAAAUUGUGCCUUGGUAGGCUACUAGGAACAUAAUCACAGUGCAUGAAUAUAUACAAUAUUUGUAUUGGUACAGACCCUAGUUAUUUAAUAUAUGUUAUAAGGAGAGUGGGAAUCUGGAUUUCCUAGGCUAUCCCCCGUUGCUGGAAAUGGGGCACACAGUAGCUUCCCAUGUGUUAAUAUAUAAAAGGAGAAGCUUUGGGAUUCUUCCCUUUUUAAAUAAUGAUGCAUAGCAAUGUUUUUAGUUUAACUUUUUAUAUGAAUGUAAUUUAAUUCAUUUUUCUACUAACUCAAUUAUGUUUUAUAGCUGGUUUCCAUUUUUUGCAAUUUUCCUGAGUAUCCUAGACACAGUGCUUAUGUUUCAUAGGAAUAUUUUCGUCAGCAAGUAUUUUGAGUUUUAGUUACCAUAAAUCAGAGUUACCUUAUGUAUAAAAAAAAAAGUUUACAUGAUACUGUAAAAUGUAUAAUAUGUACAUAAUCUGCAGAAUACAAUUAUUUUGGUAAAUUGGCCUGUAUUUUUAAUGUCACUGUUGCAGUAUUUAAUUAUUUGAGGCAUAAUAAAACUUGACUGCAGUCAAUAAACCAGAAUAUAGUCACUGAACUUUCA